UAAUAGCGCUUCCAAGGUAGCCUUAAUGGGCUUGGCUGGCCCAAAACGCCAGUCCUUGAGUCGUCUUGAUGGUGAACUCCAUCUGCCAAACCGCAAGAAACCACCCCACGAUUGCUCUCCAUUAGAGAACAUCUACGGCACCGCCUUCCGGUAGUAGCCUACCAGGGCAAAGGAUUUAGGCAGGCCAUCAGCACCGUCACCACUCUCCGCAUCUGCUUCCAUGGCAGCAGGCUUACUUUCUAGCCUAACAGCCAAACCCUUCCAUUCGUUCCACUCCUCACUCCACAUCUUCUACCUCGCACCACUAUUUUCCCCUUCACUUCAUUACCAUUAGAUGGUCAGAACUCAGAAGAAAUCCAAAUUCACAGUUUGUUUCAGAGGAGGUGGGAUCAGAUGAUAUUAAGGAUACCCAGAUCUAAAUACCCACACAUGUAGUGGAGAAGCUAGCCCAAAAGAGAUCCGAGAGGACAACAUACCUGCUCGCCGCUGUGAUGUCCAGUUUCGGCAUCACUUCCUUGGCCAUUAUAUCUGUUUACUAUAGUUUUUCUAGUAAUCCUUUGGAGGUAUAUUCCUUCUCUUCCCCUCCCCUAUUUUUCUUAUAAUAUACAUCGGUUGAAUUCUAAAAUUGGAUUCUUUUUGGUUUAAAAAUGGUUGAGAGAAAGAAAGAAAGAAAACGGAGAUGAAAGAGGCAAAGAAAGAGUUGACACUUGAAAGCACUCAAACUCUCCAAAGAGACAGGUUAAAGAAUCCCAACUAACAUUAGUAUUUGCAGAGAAAAGCAAACGCACAAAAAGAAUGCGUAAGCAAUGUCUGUUCAUCAAGACUAUUGCUAUUAGUUUUGUAGAGAUAAUCUGUAACGGUAUUCCUCUGACAACUGCUGCUGUUGCAAAUUUUACCCAGCGGGAAUUGGCUUCUGCUUUGAGGAAAUUAGACUGACAUGGACAGUACAAAUGUUUCUGUAUCCAUUAUCGCUCAUUUUGGUAAAAAUGCAUAUGGGAGAAAAGUUUUAUAUGGUGCCAUUGAUAUUGGGGGUGAAAGGAAAAUGUGGAUUAGGGCUGGCUAUUGGUAAUGCUUUGCCAAUUCAAACUGCUGAUCUCAAUGAGUACGAUCAUAAUUCAGAUGCAAGCCAUGAGGACUGCAAGACAACCAAGUGGAAGGGCUAAAUGAAAGAGUUAAAGAUUAUGCAAUGGUUUGGCCUCCAAUGGUUAUCAUAACAAAUACAAGAUAUGAAUAUGAUGAAAAUAGCAAGGAACUUUCAUUCUCUUAUUCUUACUUAAUAUCACAAAUUAGCCUAUCCAUAGAAUAUUGAUUUCUAUUUAUUGACUUUUGAUUAUUGAGUGGAAUAAUUCUUGACUUGACAUAUAGUUCAUUGUAUCAUACAGAAUAUUAUCUUCUGUAGUCAAUAGGCAUGGGGAGUCAAGAACUGCUUGAACACUCCUAUGUUGCACACUUCAUAUGGCCCAAAAGGGCACUGGGUUGUGGUUGAUUAUGCCUCAGUUAAGAAUACAAAAUAUUGGACCUUCUGAAGUUAGUGCAGGAUAGCUGAAGGUGUUUUAUAAGAACACAGUAGUGAUUAAAGCUGAUGGGCCUAUAUGGCAAUUCAUCACAGCUGCCAUCAAGACCUCAUUAAGGGAUGCUACCUUUGAGAAAGAACUGGUUGUGGGUGAGGUUUGGAAGGUAGAGCAAGAAAACCUUAAGAAGCUUAAAGAAACCAGUAAGAUACAUCCUUUGAGAUGUAAGAAACAAAGAAAGAGCUAAGAAGGGCUUGGCAUGUUAGAAACAGAGAGAAAGAUCCAAGGGGGAGAAAGCAUAGAGGUAAAACAUUUUGGGUCUAGAGUUCCAAAAAUAUUUUUCGGUCUGGGGGUUCCUAAUUUCCAUUCUCCACCAUGAGUUGAGUGAUUUGGGUAGUGGUUGUGUGUAGUUGAAGCACUGACUCUCAGGAUGAGAUUUUGGCUGGGGGAUGUUAUUGUAUAAGUACUCUUGCUGGUUAUUUGUGGAUUAAUCUUGACAUCUCUGCUAAAGAAAGUGUAGCGAAUUUAUUGAUGGUUCCUGUGCAUGUCUGGUGUUUGCAAGACAUGUUAAAUCAUUAUGACUGAGUAAAUGAUUGAAUGGAUCAAUAAACUGGAUGGGCUGGUUGCAACUUGAAACCACUUUGUUUUGUGUUGUCUGAUCCAAAGUUCUUGAAGUUUUUGUGUCUUGAUUAUAGCAUAUAUGUGUAUUCGAAUGGUACCUUACUACCUUUGUUUGCAUCAUCUCCACACAAAUACAUUUUAACAAGUCAG